AUGAGUGCGCCUGCAUUUGGUCAAGACGCUGCGCUCUCUGCAGCCAGCUUCCUUGCGUCCAUCGGCGCCGAGUCGAGCACCGCGUUCGGGUCCGAUGCAUCGACGUCUGCCGCAAACUCGGCACCCUCACUUCCCAUUUCCGCCAAAGUCUCGCUCAUUGACGCACAGAUCGACUCCCUCGAAGUCCGCAUAGAGCAAUCCGUCUCCGCAAAUGCAGACAAGCUGCGUGAACGUGCAGCGUCAAACCGCACCGUGGAUCACGACCUCAACCAGCUCUGGCGAUCCAUCAAUCAGACCAGCUCCCGCAUUGUGACUGUCGGCCCGCAGCUGGCUCCACUGGCGUCCGAGUAUCACAGUGCACUUGCGCAGACUUCCAAGCAGGGCCUCCUCAUUUCGGUCUUGUCGGAUUUGCUCACUGCAACACGCCAGCUCGAAGCGCUCGAAAAGCUGCAGCAACAGUCCGGCUGGUCUACCUUGACAGCACAGCUGCCAGAGGCUGUCAAAAGCUUGCAAGCAUUCAGCUCGUCCGCUGAGCUACAAAACCUGCCGGCAGUCGCUGAGCUCCGAGCUCGCUUUGAUCGCCUUCACCACCAGCCCACACAGACUACAUCAAAAGCUCGGACCGCCGAAGCGACACAAAGCGCCCCGACAAGCCAAGCGCAAGCCAUCUCAGAGGGUAGCACGAAGGAGCCAGAGGGAGCCACAAACUCUUCUGAGACGCAAACGCUUUCACUGGCCUCGAAAGUGCUCGAGACGGCUCGUGCAAUCAUCGUGUCGCGCGGGCCGGAAGAAGGCUGGAAAGAAGUUCGCAUCGAGCUUGACGCUCCCGCCCCGCCACCUCCCGCCAUCUCUGCUCCGAUUCCUCCACCAAAAGCAGGCAACGUCGACUCAAGCAGGACAUCCCUCGACACACAUCCGGAGCAUUUCCUCCGCGACCAGCUGAUACCUGCAUCUGUGUCCUUGUCGCGCAACUCGUCCUCCUCUUCAUCAGCAGCGAACGCGCGGAGCAGGCACAAGCCCAAACUAGGAGCACGCGUCAUUCGUCCACAAGAUCAGCUGGGCAGCGGGCCCUUCAACGCCCAAGACACACCGCUCGAUGCGGACGGAUGGGGUCUCGACGAAGAUGACGAAGAGAUUGCAGAUCUUUCGCCAGUAAUGGGAAGUGGUGCGGCAGCCGCACCGUCUCAGGCUACUCCACAUGCAUCUCCAGCGACGCAUAGGAGUGUGUCCGCUCUGGUCCAUGAUGAACGCUCUCAUUCUCCCAGCAGCUCUGGCACGAUGCAGAGGAGCAUCAGCUCCAGCUCGUCGCAGCGAAGCGCAUUUGCCGUUCAGGACGAAACACUUCACGGAACAACCUCGAAGAGCGACGAAGUGGACGCGUGGGCCCUAGGCGAAGAAGACAACGACGUCCAAGCUGAUGCAUGGGACCUGGACGAAGGCGAUGCGAAGGACGAAAUGCCAUCGUCAUCGAAGAAGGAGCCCGCGGUCGCUUCGAAAUUCGCCCCGAAGGGCCAUGCACGUCAUGAGUCCUCCACCGACGCCUGGGGCUUGCGAGAAGAGGAAGAUGCCGAAGAAGACGAAGAUCCAUGGGGGACGCAGGCACCACACCAGCAAGACAUUUCGAUUACGGAAGCCGUCUUCGUGCCAUCGACAUCACGCGGACCGCAUGAUGGCACUCCUGCGGCGGCAGCGAAGGCACACGAAGAAGCCACAGCAGUGCACCGCGACGCCUCCCGAGGUGAGAUCAGCAUCCGUCCCGCCCACUCACGAGCGAUCGUGGCGGCCGCAUCGACCUCGACGCCAACUCCUUCAACGCCUCAACAAGUCGAGCCAGACACUUUCGCUAAGAAGGUGGCAUCGCCGCCAAAGUCGGUCGAGAUGGCAACUGAACCUGCGAGCAUUGGCAAAGAGGAGGUAUCCGCUCCAGAGUCUGCGGAAGCCCGAGAAGCGCCGGCGCCCGCGCUGGUCGACGAAGAUGUCGAAGAGGAGGCAGAAGGCGAUGCAUGGGGCUUCGAAGAGAGCUCGAGUGCAUCGGAAGGCGAUCGAGCCGAAUUUACGCCAAUGGCGCCUCUGCAGGAGCCAGAGGCACCAGUCAGGCCGGCUGCAGUAUCGACACUAGAGUCCACCCCGCAACGUGCGUCAGCACGGACAGGAGCAGUUCAGGCUUCCCCCUCGAGCCGUUCAGCCGAAGCAACACCGAAGAAGGUUGUCACCUCGAAAGCUCGUCAAUCGAAGCCAAGCGGUAGCCCACCAUCGCCGACCGGCUGGGCCGACAAUUUCUCGGAUGACGAUUCACCGAGCACUCCUGCCGGCAGUCAACGCCAACAACGGGGCAACGGGUCCUCGACACGAUCGAUCUCUGCGAGCUCCCGAGCACCGAUAGGAUCACCGGCAAGGGGAUCCCCCGCACGGCGCCCAGCAAAACUUCCCGAUCCGAUACCCGCAGCUGUGGCAAAGGAAGAAUGUACCAUCAGCCGACGAUCACUCGACCUCGUCGAGCUGGCGGAAGGCACACUGGAUUCUGUGCUCUCGAAGCUGCAGGCUGGUCGUUCUUCCGGCGUUGAAGCUGACAAUGACGAUGUCGAGGCGCUGGCGGGUACCAUCUUCAAGAUCUUCGAAAUGCACCGCGCGUUGAUGCCAGUAGCUCACGGCGAGGCGCUUCGAGAUGUACCCUCGCUAGCGAUGCAGUUCUUCAACGAUUGCGAGUACCUUGCUCGCGAGUUGUCUCGCCUUGUUGCUGACAAAGGGGAUCGUAUCGCAACGGCAUGGACUUCCUACGAGGCCGAAGGGGCCAAGCGAUGGAGCACAAAGGAGCUGGCUAAGCUAGAGCAGGAAGCAGCAUCGACGAGAGGGCUAGGACAGCGAUGGUUUGAAGCGCAAAUGACGGCUCAAAGCAAGAUUCUUCUCGAUACGCUGAUGGAAGCCGAUGGAUUUGCGCGUACCUUUGACGACCAGCGCUUCGCACGCUGCGAGCGAUGCAUCAAGCAGGUGGUGCAGACGCUGCAGCAGCUCGCCAAGGCGUGGCGACCCGUGCUGGUGGCAUCGCGUUUCCACGCUGCCAUUGGUCGGCUGGUCGACCUCGUCUUUCAAAAGGUGCUGCACGACGUGCUCGACUUGGAGGACAUUGGCGAGAGCGAGUCGGAGAAGAUCGCCUCACUGGUCAAGACGCUUGGCAGCUUGGAGGUCCUCUUCUCGGUCAACGGGUCGGAGCAGCAGAGCGCGGCGCCACUGUGGGUGCCAAGUUGGUUCAAGACGUCGUACCUCAUCGAGAUCCUUACGGGCUCAUUGGUGGACAUCGAGUUCCUCGCCUUUGAAGCGGGUGCUUUGGUCGACUACAGCCGCAAGGAGCUGACGGGUCUCAUCAAGGCGCUGUUUGCCGAUACGUCCAAUAGGAGCAAGCUGCUGCGAAGGAUCGAGAGCGCACCUGUUGAGGUGUUGGCUCAUUGA